AUGAUUUUAGAUUAUUUUGCGGAGAUCUUGGUAAUGAGGUAACAGAUGAUAUGCUUUACAAAGCAUUCAGUAAAUAUUUAUCAAUCCAAAAAACCAAAGUGAUUCGAGACAAAAGAACGGGUAAGAGCAAAGGAUACGGAUUUGUUAGUUUUAAAGAUGCGGAUGAAUUUGUCAAAGCAUGGAAAGAAAUGAAUGGUAAAUAUGUUGGAAACAGACCAAUUAAAUUGAGAAAAAGUAAUUGGAAAGAUAGAAAUUUUGAUGCCAAAUCAAAGAAACAUCAUCCUUAUUAA